UAUUGGGGAGAAUCGAAUUUAUGGAAAAACAUGUUUGAUUGUUUAUUUUUUGUUCCUUUGAAAAUGUGAACAUUUAAUUUGUUCAUUUGAUUAUAUUUCUCAAUUAAGGUUGUAAUUAAUUGUUAAUUUGGUGAAUUUAGGAUGACUUCGUGUGCUGUGACUGCUUUUAAGGCCCUUAAUGGGAUUUUCUCUGUUUAUAAGCCUCCAUAUCUUGGAAAAGCUGCUUUAACUGAAAUGAUUAAGAAAAAUUUAGCUCAAGGCUUGAAUGAAAUGGAGGUCAGGCCAGUGGCAUCUAGAGUUGUUAUUGGUGGGUCACUUUCUAAAGGAGAAAAUUUAACAGUUAAUUUAGUCACAAAUUAUGCUGAUCAUCCAUUAGUUGUUGGUCCAAGAUAUCAGAUUAAAGAUAUUAAAUUAGUGCUAGUAAAUCAUCUUGAUUGGUUUUCAUCUGGCGUUAUUCCGGUCGGUAUUGGACCUUCUGGGUGUUUUAAUGCUUUUAGACUAAAGAAAUCUAAUCCAAUCAGAUGUUACGAGUUAACUGGUAGACUUGGAUACGCAACGGAAUCUUUUGAUUCUUCAGGAGAAGUUCGUGAAAAGUCAACUUAUGGUCAUAUCACUCGAGGAAGAUUAGAAUCAUUUCUUAGUAGAGUUGAAGCAAAUCACCAAUCACUCAUAUGGACAACCGUUAAUGUCGAUAUUAAAUCACAAGAAGCUUAUGAAUUGGCAUCUAAAGGCUUAUUGAAACCCAAACAAAGUAAAAAUAUGCCAAUAAUUUAUUCCGUUAAGUGUUUGGAAUUUGAUCUACCCUAUUUCACCAUCCAAGUUCAAUGUGUCAACGAAUGGCCGACUUAUCUUAAACGAUUCAUUCACGACAUUGGAAUUGGAUUAAAAUCUAAUGCAACUUGUACUCGUUUAAGAUGCACAAGGUUUGGAACUUAUAACGUUGAUGAUUCGUUGCUUCCCUUUCAUGUUAAUCUUGAAAAUAUUGUCAAUUUAUUGGAAUAUUUUGAUCCUAAACAAGGUAAACUUGUUCGUCCAAUGAUUGAUCAAAGUUUGACCAACGAUCUAGACAUUGAUUAUGAUGAAUAUUCAUCUGAUAAUCAUGAGGAAGAAAUGAAAGAUUUGGAAUCGAUGACAUUCAAAUUUGAAAAAGAUGCUGAUGGUUGGAUUGAUGAUCGAAGCGAUUUAACUGACGAUAGAAUUUAAAUCUCACUAACGAAAAAUUCUUGUAAAUUUAUAUGAUUGUAAUAUCAAUGAUUUGUAAAAAACUGAAUCUUUAAAUAUUUAUAGUAAUUAUAAUAGUAACCAUAAUAGCCAAUUAUGUGGUUAAUCUUUGUAAA